CCAAAAACAGGGUUUGUUUCCACACGGUUUCCACUAUUGCCUGCACCGGCCGGAAGUUUGUGCGCGUCACAGGAGAGGCUGUGCACAGGUACUGGUUGCCAUCGUAGACAUCGGUUGCAAAUCACCACCGUGGGGUGAGCCAGCAUGGCCUCUGCCCCAGCACAGCAGCCCACGCUCACUGUAGAGCAAGCGCGAGUUGUUCUGAGUGAGGUGAUCCAGGCGUUCUCUGUGCCUGAGAACGCAGCUCGCAUGGAGGAAGCCAGAGAGAGCGCCUGCAACGACAUGGGCAAGAUGCUGCAGCUAGUGUUGCCUGUGGCCACCCAAAUCCAGCAGGAGGUCAUCAAAGCAUACGGCUUCAACAAUGAGGGAGAGGGUGUUCUCAAAUUUGCCCGACUAGUGAAGAUGUAUGAAGCUCAGGACCCAGAGAUCGCAGCCAUGUCAGUGAAACUCAAGAGUCUUCUUCUACCGCCUCUCUCCACUCCUCCCAUUGGCAGUGGAAUCCCAACCUCAUAGAACAGUUGUACUUUUAAACAUAUUCAACCACAAAUAGUCCAUAGUACAAAUACAGUCUGUUGUACCCAAAUAUUGUCUAAUAGUGUCGAUCUUGGAGUCAGUUUUAACACUUCUCUUAAAGGGAUAGUUCACCCAAAAAGGAAAAUUAUUUCAUUAUUCACUUACCCUGAUGCUAUCCCAGAUGUGUAUGACUGUCUUUCUUCAGCAGAACAGAAAUGAAGAUUUUUACAUUUAUGCAUUUGGCAGAUGCUUUUAUCCAAAGCGACUUACAGUGCACUUAUUACAGGGACAAUCCCCCCUGGAGCAACCUGGAGUUAAGUGCCUUGCUCAAGGACACAAUGGUGGUGGCUGUGGGGAUUGAACCAGCAACCUGAUUACCAGUUAUGUGCUGUAGUCCACUACACCACACCACUUUUAGAAGAAGAUAGAGCUCUGUCAGGUCCUUAUAAUGGAAGUACAUGGGUGCCAGCACUUUGACGGUCCAAAAGUCAUAUUUAGGCAGCAUAAAAGUAAUCCAUGUGACUCCAGUCAAUCAGUGAAUGUCUUCUGAAGCAAGUCGAUAGGUUUAUGUAGGAAACAAGUCGAUAAUUAAAACAUUUUUAACUUUAAAUCACCGCUUUCAUCCAGGGCUCUGAUGCGGUUUGAAAUGGCCGAACUCUGGCGUGACGUUUGUUCUUCUGUUGUAAAUAAACGCUGCUACUGAAUUCUCACGUGAACUCGCCGACACACUUACGUCACGCUUUGCGUCAGCUGCUGGCAGGAAGCGAUUUUAAAAAGUUAAUAACUUUUUAUUUUUUACACAAAUGCAUCGAUUUGCUUCAGAAGGCAUUCACUGAUCGACUGGAGUCAAAUGGAUUACUUUUAUGCUGGCUAAAUAUGACUUUUGGACCGUCAA